CUGUCCAAACAGACGUUUUUUCUUAUUCCAGUUGACGGGAAAAAACGCGUUACUGUCUAACUGUGGCAGCAGAAAACUAACAUCGGUUUAUUCUAAAAAAAAAAGAUCGCUUUUUGUAUUGACCGGAUAUCGGUCCUGGAUUCAUUGUUUGCCUCAAAUCAGGAAACAAGAUGUUUUACACAUGUGGACCCAAUGAAGCCAUGGUGGUGUCUGGCUUUGGGCGUUCUCCUCCUCUAAUGAUUGCUGGAGGAAGAGUGUUUGUCCUCCCAUGUAUUCAGCAGAUCCAGAGAAUCACACUCAACACCCUGACUCUAAAUGUGAAGAGUGACAAAGUCUACACCCGCCAUGGUGUCCCUAUCUCUGUCACUGGCAUUGCACAGGUGAAGAUCCAGGGCCAGAACAAGGAGAUGUUGGCUACCGCCUGCCAAAUGUUUAUGGGCAAGUCUGAGGCUGAGAUUUCCAAUAUUGCACUAGAAACACUGGAAGGACACCAGAGAGCCAUCAUUGCCCAUUUGACUGUGGAGGAGAUCUACCAGGACCGUAAGAAGUUCUCCGAGCAGGUUUUUAAGGUGGCCUCCUCUGACCUGGUCAACAUGGGGAUUGGCGUCGUCAGCUACACGCUCAAAGAUGUUCAUGAUGAUCAGGACUACCUUCACUCCCUGGGUAAAGCCAGAACAGCCCAGGUGCAGAAGGAUGCCAGGAUCGGAGAGGCUCAGUACAAACGAGAUGCUGUCAUGAGGGAGGCCAACGCAAUGCAGGAGAAGGUUUCAGCUCAGUACAAGAAUGAAAUUGAGAUGGCAAAAUCACAGAGAGACUAUGAGCUGAAAAAGGCAGCCUAUGAUGUUGAGGUCAACACCAAGAAGGCUGAGUCAGAAAUGGCCUAUCAGCUUCAGGUGGCCAAGACCAAGCAGCGCAUUGAGGAGGAGAAGAUGCAGGUUCAGGUGGUGGAGCGGACACAGCAGAUCCUGCUGCAGGAGCAGGAGAUUACCCGCAAGGAGAAUGAGCUGGAGGCCAAAGUUAAGAAGCCUGCAGAGGCAGAGAAAUACAGACUGGAGAGGCUGGCUGAGGCACAGCGCCUGCAGCUUAUCAUGGAGGCUGAGGCUGAGGCCCAGUCCAUCAGAAUGAAGGGCGAGGCGGAGGCUUUUGCCCUGGAGGCUAAGGGUCGUGCCGAGGCAGAGCAGAUGGCUAAGAAAGCAGAGGCCUUCAAGCAGUACAAAGAGGGAGCCAUGGUGGACAUGCUGCUGGAGAAACUGCCACUGAUGGCAGAGGAGAUCAGCAAGCCACUGUCGGCAGUCCAGAAGGUCACUAUGGUGUCUAGUGGUGGUUCAGAGGUGGGAGCAGCCAAACUUGCUGGAGAGGUGCUCGAUAUCAUGACCAGGCUGCCUAUGGCUGUGGAGAAACUCACUGGAAUCGACAUCUCCCAGGCUACAGGAAAGACCACCCGUGUGCAUUAAGAGAAGGAGAGUAGAAGUAAUCAGGAGAGGUGUCACCAAUAUUCAGACGAGGAGCUCCACAUCUUCUUGUGCCUAUAACCACUGUAAUGACUGCCAUACCGUAGUCGUGUCUGAUUGUGUGCAUGCUUGUGUGUCUCUUUUGUUGGUUCCUCCUCCAUCCAAACAGGAUUUUUCAUCUCCUUUUAUGUGGUUUCUUUUCAUGACCCUGAUCUGAGCUGUUGUACCUUCUGUGGUAGGUGACAGCAAAAGCAGCUGCGAGGGAUACAAUUAUUGAUGAAGUUACUUUUUUGCCAGGAGACAAAACGCUUUAGCCUACUUUAGCCAGUGAUAGUGAAAGGAAUUCCUGUCUUUUUGUUAUUUUUUUUAUCUCACUGCAAUCUGCCUCAUUUCCCUGUAUAAAAACUGGGUCAAUAAACUGUCAUUCAAUUUUUAACUUUUUAAUGUAGAAAAUGUUUGUGGCUGUAGUUCAUCUGAAAGCGUUUUUGUUCCUUUCAAUUUAUUAAAUGGUGCUGCGCUCUUUUUUACAGCAUCACUGCAUAGCUGCAUAGCUUUCUGUGUGGGCGUAUCAUUGCUAUCAUUGUAGUUCUAUAGUACUGACUUAACACAACCUAGCUUCAUGUUUAUUUGCUCUUUGUGCACUCGUCCUUUAUAAAGAGACAAAGUUGGGGCAAUUUUACGCCGCAUCUCUUUGUAGUAAGUGACUAUGUUACUGGGCCCAAAAUCAUGUCAGUUGUACUGAAAGUAGGAGUUUUAUGUCUCAAAAUGAGGGGGAAGGAAGUGGUUUAUGGGAAGAAGCUGAAGGGGUUUCCCGUUAAAAGCAAUGAAAGUAUUGUGGUGGAAAAAACAAUGCUGACUUUUUGCUGCAGUGUGUUCUCGAGUCUUGGCCUUCAUAUGGCAAGAGUCAAGAAGGGCCCUCACUAACUAACUGACCUGCUGCUUCGAUGUGCUUGCUCCCUGAAGUUUAAACUGACAUACGGGACAUGAUUUUUGUUGUCUUUUUGUUUAGUUUACUGAUUUUCCAUGAUAAUGUGAUACUGAGUAUUAUAGAUUUUGGCAGAUUUUUAGCUCUCGCAGUUAUGGGAGGUUUUGAAUGACAGUUCAGUACCUCUCAUUGGGAGCUGAUAUCUUUUUUCAGACUCUUCACUAACAGUCAAAAGUUUUCCAACUGACAAGCUUUAUGUAUCUUGUUACCGCCAAGUGCCUGGUCAAAACUCCUCAACAGUCAAGUAAAGUUGACUUCUUUAAUUAAGCCUAUUACACUUCUCUGUCAGGUAAUAUUUCCUCAUAUGCAACUGAUCAUAAGCCAUUGGCUGUCACUAUCGAAGGCUGUAGAUGAAAGCCAAAUCAAUCUGCUUCUUUUGCAUGUUUUUCGGACUAAUAUUUUAUUUUCCUUAAAAUGUGUGCUGUUGCAUGUGACAUAAGUAAUUAUUACUUAGUGUAGAAGUUGUAUACUAGUGUCAGAUAUAAGAUUUAUCUGUAGUGAAAUGUUCUAUAGACAAUAAAAUAUGGUUUAAUCACUGAAA